AACAGAAACCAGAAAAACAUAAGACGCACACAUUCACAAAUACAGUCAACAGUUCGACCAAACCAUGCCACCACGCACCAACACCACCACCACCACCACCACCAAGCUCCCACACUGUUACCACCAACUACGCACCUUCAUCAACGCCAGAAUCAAAUGGGUCCGAGACCCUUACCUCGACUUUGCAGUCCAACGUGAAAAGGACCUCAAAGAAGCCAUCUCUCUCAAAAACCAAGUCCUCUCAACUCCUUCAAAAACUCUCUCUCUCUCCGCAGCUUCUCUCCUUAAACCCCACCUAAACCUCCCCACUACCACUUCAAACUUUUCCCUCAAAUACCCUUCUCUUUUCCUUCAUUCCCAAUCCCCUCCUUACCUCAAACUCACCCCUCAAUUCCUUUCCAUUCACAAAGACGAGUCCUCUAUUCACAACUCACCUACUCAUAGAAAUGACACUGUUAGAAGACUCACCAAGUUGUUAAUGCUCACCAAAGCGUCCAAAUUGCCUUUAUACGUGAUAGAGAGGUUCAAAUGGGAUCUGGGUCUUCCUCAAAAUUACAUUUUGACACUUCUGUGUGAUUAUCCUGAGUAUUUUAAUGUUUGUGAGGUGAGAGAUGAGAGAAGUGGCGAGGAAGUACUUGGUUUGGAGCUUGUGAAGUGGAGGAAGGAGUUGGCAGUGUCUGAAUUGGAGAGAAGGGUAGGGAAAGAUUGUUACUUGGGGGGCAAGACAGGUGUGAGAAUUAUGUUCCCCAUGUGUUUGACGAAAGGUUUUGAAUUGGAGAAGAAGGUGAGGGAUUGGGUUGAGGAAUGGCAAGCAUUGCCUUAUGUGUCUCCUUAUGAGAAUGCGUUCCAUUUGUCGCCGAAUAGUGAUCAGGCCGAGAAGUGGGCUGUGGCAGUGUUACACGAGUUGUUAUGGUUGUUGGUGUCGAAGAAGACGGAGAGGGACAAUGUGUUUUGCUUAGGGGAGUAUUUGGGGUUUGAAGGGAGGUUUAAGAAGGCAUUGGUUCAUCAUCCGGGGAUAUUUUAUCUGUCAAAUAAAAUUAGGACGCAGACUGUGGUGCUUAGGGAUGCUUAUAGGAAGGAUUUCUUGGUGGAGAAGCAUCCGUUGAUGGGUAUGCGGUUUCGGUAUAUUCAUCUUAUGAAUAAGGUGCCGAAGACGAAACGGCGAAAGCAGGCUGUUGGUUUAGCUUCUAGUGCUAAGAGAGACGUUGCUUCAAGAUCUAGUGGUGAAAGGGUGGAAGGAAAGGAAGAAAUGUGAGUGAGUUGAUAGGCCCAGAUAGGGAUACUGAUGUGAUUGAUAGAGGAUGAUAGGUAGGAAGCUAAGUGCCAAUUAAAAAAGAAUAAGGGAAUUGUUGGCUUUUGUUGUCCACUUGUAGUGCAAAAGCGGAUGCAUUUGUUCUAGGCAUUUAGCUGAUAGCUGAGAAAGACCAAAGAGCAAUUUCGAAUCAAGGGUAAUUGGAUGUGUGUUCCUGAAUCCUGGGUGAAUUCUUGGAAAAUUCGAAGAGAAAUGUUAAGUGGAUGGUGGUAAUGUAAAGGUUAUAUUAACUGACAAGUAAGUUCUUGGUACUGCAGGGUAGUAUGAUGUUCAAAUUGAAAAGAAGAAGAAGAAGAGUGAGAAGGUGAAAGUUGGUGUUAAUUACCUGCUGUAAGGGGAGUGUUACAAAGGAUACAGAAAGUGAGCAGGUAGAGGCAGGGUGGAUGUCUUGCCGGGUUGCUUUGGCAUGGGAAUUUUAAAAUAAUGCAAGGUGCAUUUUAAUGCAAGGGCCAUAGGGUUGAACUGGAUAGGAAAGGGCUAAAAGAAUCUCAGGCAAUUCCAGCGCUGACUGCUAUUGCUGAGUUAUCCUCAGUAUUGUAGGUUCUGGUUUUGGCUUUAGGUCCACACUAAGUUGACAUAAAAUUCACUCGAGAUCAAAUGCUGGUGGGAGGUAUCAGAACUUCAGUGACUGAAACAGCCGUGUAGGAGACCAUUCCAGAACCUGUGUUUGUUAAAUUUCAUAAAAGAAAAAUUUUGUUGUGUCUUCAGCUGUAAGGAUGCACACACCAACAGAUUAGGAAUUUUGAAUGCCUAUUUUACUUGAUGAAUGUUGUAACAUGACCAGGAAAAAAGUGUGCUAAAACUAAUUGUGAUUGGGUUCUAGACUUCUAGUGCUCGUCCUUUGCUAGUGGUCAUUCUAUGUAUUUUGGCCCUGAUUUUGAUCUUGUUCAGGCUUGUUAGAA